UCCGGAAGGUGCGGGUCUCCGAAGCGGCGGCAAAAAUGCUUGGAGCGAAAGCAGACUACCGGGUACCCACGGACUGCUCGCGCCGGAUAAUGGCAGAGGUGCAGGGCGCCCUGGACUCCUGCGCCGAGCGGCAACGACAGUUGGAGCGGAGCCUGCGCGUUUCCAGGCGGCUGCUGGAAGUCUGGGAACCAGCCAGGGCCCUAACUCCGGAGCCAGAAACCAAGGAAGAGGCCCCAACUCCAGCAUGCCCACCGAGUGCUCAAGACCUCAGGGAGCUGGAGCUUCUGACCCAGGCACUGGAGAAGGCUGUACGAGUGAGGAAAGGCCCGUCUAAGGCUGGACAAAGAGACAGAACCCCCAGCCUGACUUCUGCAUCUAAUGCAGCCACUUCUGGUGCCACUGCCCCUACCCAUUCCCAGCCCUCCAACCAGGCUGGCAGCCGUGCAUCAGGUGCCAGAUCCACCAAGGGCACACAACGGGCCACAGUCCCUGCCAAGGACUACCCCAAGGGCAGACCUCUGACAAGGGGAGAUAGGACCCAUAUGAGAACAGGAUCCCAAGCUGCCGGGUCUGGAUCAGGCCUCAGGGACCAACAAAUGGCCCCAUCAGCGGUUCCUCGUGCCACAGAACCCUUCACACUGAAAGACAAGGGGACUCUCCUACAAUUACCUGCGACAUUCAGGAAGGCGGCUUCCCAGAAUUCCCGUCUGUGGGCCCAGCUCAGCGCUGUACAAGCUAGUGACUCCACAGAUGCCACCAGAGCCGCCAAAGCACAGUUCCUCCAAAAACUCCAGCUGACCUCAGGCUGCUCCAGCCACCGGCCUGGUGCUGCUGAAGUAGAGGCUCAUGCCCAGAGCCUGAGGAAGGCCUGUACACUGCUGAGACUUCGUAUGCAGAAGGCGCUGUCAGCAGCCCCCACUGACUGGACGCAGGAGUACCGAUGCCUGUUGGUGCUGGAAGGACUGCAGGCCGUUGUGGGACAGUGUCUCCACAGGAUCCAGGUGCUCCAGACAGCUGUGACAGGACCGCCAGGACCACGCCUUGUGGAGAAGCCCACCCAGGGCUCGCCACUCUGUGGAGAAAAGACGGACUCUUCCUGGAGCCCUGAGCUCCUUCUCUACUCUAGCACAAAGGAGCUGCAGACCUUGGCUACCUUGAAGCUUCGCGUGGCCAUGUUAGCCCAGCAGAUCCAUCUAGAAAAGGUUCUGAUGGCUGAACUCUUCCCUUUGAUAAACACCCAGGAGCCAGGAGGGCCACCUUGGCUGGCGCUGUGCCGGGCUGCAUACAGUCUGCUCUGUGAAGGAGGUGAGCACUUCCUCACGGUUCUUCGAGACGACCCUGCCAACUAAGCGGGCUGGGCAGAAGUCUCUCUGGGAGAGUCCCCUCCUCUCAGCUCGAGUGUGGUGAGCAGGGAUUGAAGGGGAUUUUCCUGUUUGGAGGAGCUAAGAGCACAGAGAGAGCUGUGACUUCCCUGGGAAAGCUGGGUGCUCAGGGAGGCUGUCAGGGUGCUCCCUCAAUGCCACAUAACCACCAGACUUUCUGGUCAGGGCUCAGCUGUCUGCCUUCCUGGGAAAGGCCUUCUUGACUACCAUUACUGUCUCACUGUAGGACCGCAAGCUACUUGAAUGAUACUGGAGCUGCGUGUUUAUAUGGUUUCAGAGUAGGGCUUAGUAAGGAGCUUUUCGUGUUCUUGUUUCUUUCUUUGUGGUUUUAAGGAUUUUAAGGGACUUGGACAUACCUAUAGUCUCACCACUGGGGAGGCUGAGGGAUCCUAAGUUCAAGGCCAGCCUGAAACCCUGUCUAGAUUAAAUAAAUAAAGGAAAGAAUACAUCAAGUAGAAUUUUCAAAAAUAUGACUGUCCUUCUGCAUAAGAGAGUGGGAAAACCAUUAACGCUUGCUCCCUGGGACCCUGACGUCUCUUCCCCGUGUGCACUGCUGCACUGAGCCUGUUAAAGAACACCGCAGUAAGCCGCCUCAGAACAGACUUGGCUCUGCCCACAGCCAUCCCAGGGUCCACCCCCACUCAUCAGGUGUCAGUUUUGUCGCAGCCUGUGGGGUCUCUGCGUCCUGCUGAAUGCUUACUCGUGGCAUUAUCACCUCAUAGGCUUUGCCCACUGUUGUAAGAAUUGUCAGUUCCCUGGGAAGACAAGAAUGGGCAGGGGGCAGAACGUGGGUUUCAGUGUGGCUUUCUUGCUUGGGAUUUUCUCAAAGAUUCUUUUUUUUUUUUGGAUUUUCGAGACAGGGUUUCUCCGUAGCUUUUUUUUGGCUCCUGUCCAGGAACUAGCUCUUGUAGAGCAGGCUGGCCUCGAACUCACAGAGAUCCGCCUGCCUCUGCCUCCCAAGUGCUGGGAUUAAAGGCAUGCGCCACCACCGCCCGGCUCAAAGAUUCUUUAUCUUUUUCUUUUUUUUUUUGGUUUUUCGAGCCAAGGUUUCUCUGUGUAACAGCCCUCCCCUCACUGUCCUGGAACUUGCUCUGUAGGCCAGGCUGGCCCGUAAUUCACAGAGAUUCUCCUGCCUCUGCCUUCCAAGUGCUAGAAUUAAAGGCGUGAGCCACCACCACCCAGCUCCUGCAAGAUUCUUAAGGACUCCCAGCCUCAGUUCCCCAGAGUUUUAAAAACUAUUUUAUUUUGGGUGCUGGAGAGAUAGCUCAGUGGUUAAGAGCAUCCACAUUAUGGCUACAGCUGCCUGUAACUCCAGUUCUAGGAGAUCUGGUGGGCUCCCCUGGCCUCAGUAAGCACUGGACAUAUGUGGUACACAUACAUACAUGCAGGCACAGAACCCAUAUGUAUAAAAUAAUAUACUUUGGGGAGGGGGGUUGAGAAGGGUUUCUCUAUAGCUUUGGAGCCUAUCCUGGAACUAGCUCUUGUAGACCAGG